AUGGUACUCUCACAUCCAUUGUCCCCCAUUGUAGAAAAGCAGCUCAGCAAACCCACUCUGAUCACCCAGAUGGAACAGGAAGAUGAAAUGAAAACAGAGACAGGAAAUCAAGAUACCUGUUCAGUUUGUUCAGAUGGGAUGGUUCUCCUUAAAACCAAACAAUCACAACAUAAGCAAGAUAUUUUGGAGAAAGAAGCACUCAGUGGCAAGAAGGAGCAAACUCAUGGAGGAAGAUCCAUUGAACAGAAUAACAUUGCCUUGAGCAUGAAAUCUAGCAUCACUCAGAAUCAGAGAAUUCAUCCUUGUGAGAAUCCCCAUCAAUGCCUUCAUCUUGGGAAAGCCCUCAGAGAUUGUUUACACCUUAACCCACAUGAGAGCAUUCUUUCGGGGGAAAAAUCCAAUGGCUGUAAAAAUGAUAAAAAUACCUUCAUCAGGAGUUCUUUCUUAGCUGUGCAUAAGAAGCAACAUACAAGAGAGAAGUCCUAUGAAUGCACUGACUCUAGGAAAGUCUCAAGUUCAAUCUUACAUUUUACGCAUGAAAAAACUUGCAUUAGAGAGAAAUAUUUUCAGUGUAGCCAGUGUGGUAAAGUAUUACAGAACCACUCAUCCAUUGCAUUGCACAUGAGAACCCACAGUGGAGAAAAACCUUUUAAAUGUAACCAGUGUGGGAAAGCCUACAGUUCAAGCUCUUAUCUUACACGGCACAAGAGAAUUCACACUGGGGAGAAGCCCUAUGAAUGCCGUGACUGUGGAAAAACCUUCAGAGAUAGUUCACUUCUUAGACAACAUGAAGGAAUUCAUUCAAGGGACAAACCCUACAAAUGUGAUCAGUGCAGCAAAACCUUCAGUAGAAGCUCUAGGCUUACCAUGCACAAGAUAAUACAUACCAAAGAGAAGCCCUAUGCCUGCAAUGAUUGUGGGAAAACCUUCAGUAUUCUUUCAUACCUUACAAGACAUAAGAGGGUCCACACUGGUGAGAAGUCCGUUGAGUGUAGCCACUGUGGAAAAGCCUUAAGUAGUCCAUCAGCCCUGAAGACACACCUGCGGAUACAUACUGGAGAGAAACCUUACGAGUGUGAUCAAUGUGGAAGGACUUUUAGAAUGAGCUGUAAUCUUAAUGUGCACAAGAAAAUGCAUGCUGGAGAGAAACCGUGUACUUGCAAUGACUGUGGGAAAGCCUUCAGGGAUCACUCGUGCCUUAAAGAACACAUGAGAAUUCACACUGGAGAGAAACCCUUUGCAUGUAACCAGUGUGGGAAAGCCUUCAGAGUGAAAUCUUUCCUCACUUUGCAUAAGAAAAUUCACAUGAAAAUGAAACAAUAUGAGUGUAAGGAGUGUGGGAAAGCCUUCGGUGGUCUCUUAUCUCAUAGGAGACAUAUGAAAAAGCACACCAGGGAAAAGAAACCCUUCAAGUGUAAUGAGUGUGAAAAGGCUUUUAGGAGGCAUGUGUCCCUUACAAUACACAUAAGAACUCACACUGGAGAGAAACCCUAUGAGUGUGAUCAAUGUGGGAAAACCUUCAGCGUGAGGUGUAAUCUAACUGUGCACAAGAGAGUCCAUACUGGUGAAAAGCCCUAUCAAUGCAGUGUCUGUGGACACGCUUUCAGUAAGCUCUCCUCCCUUCGGCGGCAUCACGAGAGCACUCAUGCUGAAUAA